AUGUCCACAACAACAAUUAUCAUCAAAUCACAAACCAAAUGUUUUUCGGGUCUUGUUCUCGAGUGCACUCACACGAGUCAAGGUCUUGGAUGCUCCAUGAAUGUACACAUCUUUCGUCCUCCACAAACUCUUCAAUCUGGUCAAAAAGCACCAGUCUUGUUCUUUCUUUCGGGUUUAACUUGUACGGAUACCAAUUUCAUCUUUAAGGCCGGAGCGAUGGCUUUUGCUGCUGAACACGGAAUUGCAUUGGUGUGUCCGGAUACCUCUCCGAGAGGUGAGGAUGUACCAAAGGGUGAUAGCUGGGAUUUUGGUCAAGGAGCAGGAUUCUAUCUCAACGCUGUGCAAGAACCUUACAACAAGCAUUACAGAAUGUAUGAUUACAUUGUUCAUGAAUUGCCUUCCUUGCUUAUUUCUAAUUUUGCGACCGGAGAUAAUGCAUGGCUCUUGUUGGAGAGUGAAAACAAAUUGAAACAAAGUAUUUUCGGUCACAGUAUGGGAGGUCUUGGAAGUUUGGUCAUCUAUUUGAGAAACUUGAAAUCUUAUCACAGCUGUUCAGCAUUUGCUCCAAUCAGCCACCCAAGCAAUCCUGAUUGUGCUUGGGGACAAAAGGCCUUCAAGGGCUAUUUGGGAGAUAGUGAAGAAGCACGUCAGAAUCUAUGGCCUCAGUACGAUCCCACUCUUCUCAUUAGUAAACUCAAUUCAAGUUCAGUGAAGGCGCCCAUUUUGGUCGAUCAAGGAAGUGUCGAUAAAUUUUUGCUGCAAAAUCAGUUGCAAGUGGAGAAAUUGGAAGCUGCUGCCAAGCAAGCAGGUGUUCCAUUGACCUUAAGAAUGCAAGAAGGUUAUGAUCACAGUUACUAUUUCAUUCAAACAUUUGUUAGGGAUCACAUUGAACAUCACGCCAAGUUCUUAAAGCAGUAA